UAGGUACACAGCGUAGGCUGCGUAGCCUGUAGGGAGCCUGUAGGUACCAGGACUUGACAAAAGUUUAUCAGGGACGAAAGGAAGUAGAAGGUUUUGAAGGGAGCACUUCGGGGAUUGGAAGUCGUCUUUGAUAGAAGCAGGCAAGCAUUCAGGGACCAUUUUUUACGUUCAUGUGUAGAUAGUUUGUUGGAUUGGGCGACAGGCUUAAACUUGCGAUGGAAGAAAGAGCGGGAUUCCAUGGUUACUUGAAGCGGACAUGGGAAACCGCACAAGCAGCUUUUGGGCGGGCAUGGGAGUACACCCCAAAAGGGUUUGGAUAUGCACCACUGGUCGAAGAAGCAGUGAAGCAAGAGGUCGAGCAACAAGAGGCAGAGCAGUCCAAGCCUCCCCCGGCCAAAAAGCGACGCUUGAUGGACACGAAUGCACCAGAUACUCCAUCCGCUGAUGCUCGGCCAAUUGGUUUCAAGGCGCCUGCCCAGUCAGAUGUUACCCCGGGUGACACCAAUGUGAGCACUUUCACAGAAGAUACCAGCGAACUCAGGAGCCCAGAGUCCCGGCGGCGGACUAAGCCACGGCGUCUGACCAAGCGGCCCGCAAGCCAGAAGGAGGCCAUAACGACCGCACGCGAGCUGGUGCGCAACCUGGGGGGUACGUUUGUGGAGCAGCUCGGGAUCGAUCUGGCGGAGGGAUCCCCCGAGGCAAUCGACAAGUGGUUCUUGUGGGCGCUGCUGUUCAACCACCGCAUCUCAGCAAACAUUGUGUUCAAGACGCAUCAGGUGCUCGCGGACGCCGGCCUGGUGCGUCCGCAGGACGCGUCCGACUUCGGACAAGAGCAGCUGGCGGAGCUGCUGCAGCAGGGCGGGUACACGCACUACAUGCAGCAGACGGCGGCGCGGCUCAAGCGCGUGGCGGAGCAACUAGAGGAGGGCCCGCACCAGACGGUGGCGGAUCUUAAGGCAAUCGCGGACCCGCGCGCGCUGGAGCGCGAGGUGGAGAAGCUGCACGGAGCGGGGCGCAGCACGGCCAUACUCUUCCUCAGGGAGCUGCGGGGCAUCUGGCCCGGCGCGCAGCCCGAGUUCGACGACCGGGUCAUUCGCGCGGCCGCCCACUUGGGGCUCCUCGACUUUGUGGACGAGGCAACCAAGAAGAAGACAAACCUUUCCGAGCCCGGGGGCGAGCAGGCAGCCCAGCUUCUGGGCUCGCCGCACCCCCUGGAAGAGUUGGCGGAGAAGGCUGGAGUGGGCAUCCGGGACUUGGAAGCGGCGCUCGUGCGGGUAUCGUUGGUGCACUCGCACCAGUAUAAAACCUGCGGGGGUGCUUCGAUGUGUGAGGGACUAGAGGGAAAAGAGGGCGGCAACAUAGUGGUUGGGAGUCCGAGUAAGAAGAAGGGGCUGAAGGGAGGGGACAAGAAUGUCCGGUAGGCCUGGAGAAGACGGACUAGAGAGCACAAGGUGGGCGGGACGAGCUUGUUCGAGCGGUGACCAGAUGAUAGCACAAUUGAAAGAACAAAGCAGGGCCGGCGGACAAAAAACCUCUCAACUUGACAUGCACCGGCAAAGUGUAAGGGUGUUCGAACCUGAGCAUGGCUUUAGGCUGCAACCUGCAGUCAUUUAUGAAAGUUGGGAUUUGCUUCUUGUCAUUUGUGAAGAUUCAACAGAUUCAAACGUGACUCUGCCCGUUUGAGGCGAGAAAAACUGAAU